AUGGAUCCCCUCGACAACAUGGCCGGCGCCCCCGUGCCUAAGAACUUUGACGCCGAGAACGCCCAGAACAACGAAGACAUCGAGAAGCAAUUCGCCGUCAAGGUCGUCCAGCACAUGCAGACCUACUGGUCCAUCCUCGAGCGCGUCAAGGGCUCAUCCCUCCGCCUGACAAAGAUCGACGACGAGAUCAUGGAGCACCUCAAGACCGACUUCCCCGAGUUCGACCCCGCUGCAAAGGUCGACGAGGACGAGAUGAAGAGCAAGGCCGGCAAGGAGCGCUGGCGAAAGUUCAUGAUGGCGUAUGAGAAGAAGGUCGACGAUUACAACUUUGGUACCAUGGUGCGCGAUAGACCCGACGUCGAAAACCGUGCUGGUCUUAACGACUGGAUCUACGAGCAGGCUCAGGCUCAGAAGAACAAGUCCAAGUAA